AGGCCCCGCCCCCUCCGCCUGAACUAUCGCCCCAAGGUCCCGCUUGUUUAGCUGUGGAGGAGCGAGGCGUGAAGGCAAGAGGGGUGAAGAGGCGGAAGAAUGAAAUGAGAGCAAAGGCAAAAGAAAGGGGCGGCCUCGCUGUGGCGACCGAGAAGCAACGAACUCGGCGUGCCUGAGGGAAAGGAAGGAGAAGGACCGGGCACCAGAGAGGACGGAGCGGAGUUGGGCAGGUUUAUUGGAAACUGUUUGCAACAGCUAUGACACCUGCUCUCCAAGAGAAAGCAAUGAAAGGUCAUGGUAUCUACUUAUCAGCUUCCUUGUCUUCAAGAGCAAUGGAAUCCAGUGAAACACUUGCCAUGGGAAGUGCCAGACCUGUAAAAGAGAAGAUGAAGGAUGGUUCUGUUGGCAAGAUAACUUGCUCUGUAUUGGGUGUUCCCACACACCAAGCCACCCAUAACACUGAUUGUUUUAAUUUAAAAUGCUUUGAUUCUCAGUCUUCGAAAGAUUAUCCUUUGUUAAUGAAGCCUAGUUUAACUGUCAGUGUAAAUACUAAAAAUUGUACACCAAGGAACUCAGAAGAGCAUAAUUGUGCCAAGAUAAGAAAUUUGGGUAACAGCAUGAAUAAACACCUCAGCCAGAUUAUGAAUUCAGAAUCUGGGGAGCAGAUCAGAAAAGAAACCUUAUCAGGAACUGCACAGAAUGUACCAGAUAUGGGGAGAUUUCAGGGUUUACAUUUAACUGAAUCUAGGAAUGAAGAAGAAAAGCUGCUUCCUAAUUCUAAGUUAUAUCGGAAGAAUGGCUUUUUGGGUAAGGCUUUAUUUGUGAAUUCUGAGACAAAACAAGAUUUAUUCCAUCAAGUACAUCAUGACACCUUGGAAUCAGCAGUGAAUUAUCGUCCCAAUAGUAAAAAACAAGAAUUGAAUUUUCGCUUACUUCAGUGUGUAAACAAGCAACAAAUCUUGCUCAACCAGGCCAAAAGAACUCAGAAACAUUUGCAAAUUCUUUUGGCAAAGCAUGUUGUUAAACACUGCGACCACCAAAUGAAAUGCUUUGUGAGGCAUCAGCUACAGAGAAUGAAAGCUUUUCAUGACCCAAGUAAUAUCCUAGGUAGCAACGAUGAUGGAUGCACUUCAAUUAAAACUGAAAAUUUGAAUUCAGAUGCUGAUGGGAAUCAAGAUAUGCAGCAUGAUAUCUGUGUCGAACCUGGUGAAAUCAAGGCGUUUGCAUGUUCUACAGUAGGGCUGUUAUCUCAGAUGGAAGAGAGCUUGGAUUCCGAGGCCACUUGUAGCAGCUCGAGUGAAGAUGAUGAUGAUGAUGAACAAGUUUCCAGGAGAGCAAUGGCAGUUAACUAUAGAUCUGACUGCAAAUGGCUGGUAGAGAGAGCUAGAGUUGGCUGUCGCUGGACAUGGCUUCAAGCCCAGAUCUCAGAGCUAGAAUAUAAAAUUCAACAACUCACUGACCUUCAUAAGCAGAUUCGUGCCACCAAGGGAAUGGUAGUCUUAGAAGAAUUUUCCGUUUCAAAAGAUACUCUGAAGAAGCGAAAACAACUGGCAGAUCAAGAAACUGUAUUAAAUGCCACAGGGACUUCUCAAACUUCCCUUGAGAGACAGGAUGCCUGGCCAGAACAUGAUUUUGAAACAUCACCCAGCAGUCCAACUCUGCUUCUCCGUAACAUAGAAAAACAGAGUGCUCAGCUGAGUGAAAUAAUCAGCAGUCUCAUCACUCCACUAACUAUGUCUCCCACAUCCUCCCCACUCUCCCCAAAAUCUUAUAAGCAGAAAGAGCUGGUCAAUGGCAUCGCUUUAAGAGAUCCUGAGCACAAUGAAGACAUUUCAUCUUCUAGUAACUGGUUGAUUGAUCAACAGCAUCUGAAGAAAAGAAGGAAAGACAAGACAAAGCUGAGAGCAACAACUACUUCUGUGAUGACCACAUCUGCUCGCACUAGACCACUUCACAGUUUUCAGAGGAGAAAACUCUACAAAAUGAGUACCAUUUUCAGUUUGAACCAACAGCUGGAAGACAGAUUGUUUAACACAGAAGAUGUGCAUUCAGCCUCCACAUGGAAUAUUUAUGAAUUGAGCCUGAAGUCCAAGACACAAAAACAAUUCAUGUUAGAAGUGGAUGCUUCAUUCCAUCCUGUCGUAUCAUUUCCUUCAGAUACUCCUCUUCAUGUACAUUUUAGGAGAUUACUCAAGAAGUGUGAGAUCAAAGGUGAUCCCUUUGAAACAUCUGCCCUUGGUUUCGAAUUUAAAAUGUCUCCUUCAAAUGAAUAUUUUCAAUAUAAAACUCCUCUUCAACAGUGGAACUGUGGAUAUGAUUCCAGUUCCAGAUAUCACACUUUGUCAGAAAUAUCUGAACAGAUGCCAGAAGGAAGGAAGAAAAGACAUUUAAGUGAAACAGUGACAGGACAAAGUAGGAAUAGAUUUGAAGGAUUUUCUUUUCAGCAUGAAGAACAGCAAUCCCAUAAUAAUUUUACAGGGUCAGUCAUUGGUGACAUGCUAUCAAGAUCAAGUCACAUUACCUCAUCCCAGUUUAAUUCUAGACGGAGACUAAGGAGUGAGAGCUCAUAUGAUAUAGACAAUAUUGUCAUCCCUAUGUCACUGGUUGCGCCAUCCAAGUUGGAGAAACUGCAAUAUAAAGAAAUUCUUACUCCAAGCUGGAGAACUAUCACACUCAAGCCUUUGAGGUGUCUACAGGAAGAUGAAGAACAGGCAGAAGAUCUGUCUGAUGAUGUCUAUGCUGUUCGACAUGCAAAAUAUGAAGUCAAAGAGAGAGCUCGAUGGUCUCUGUGGGAGCAGUGCCAUUGGCCUAAAAGGAACAGAUCCUAUAGUAGAAAUUUUGAGGGACAAGAUCCAGCACUAAAAGAAAACCAGGUCAACUCCAAUUUGACACCUAAUUUUUCUGAAAACUCCACUGAUAAUACUUCAGAGAUAAGCAAUUAUUUCUACUCGAGGAUACCACAAUCUUCAGAAGGAAAUCAAGAAACAACGGCUGUUCUGUGGGCACACCGGACUUUUCCACUAAAUGAUAAAGAAGCAGAAGCUUUAAUAUGCCAACCUCUGAUAAUGGCCGUACAAGAAAGUUCAAAUGUGGAUAUUCUCAGUGACUCUCACUGUAAUUCACACAGUGCCUUCAGUUUUCCAAAUUAUAAGCAGCCGCAAAAGAAGGAAGAGCAUGCCCAGUAUUUGGAAAAUGGCAGCUUGAGAAAGCAGACGUGACAGAAAAUAGCAUGGACAUUGUGAAAGCUAAUUAGGAUGAAAGAAUGGGCAAUAUAGAAACACAAGUAUAGUUUCUUUUUAUCUGAACCACAAGAAGAAUGCUUUGAUUCCAGAGGACUAAAAUCGAUGUCAAAAGUGGACACUCUUAAACUGCAACCACCAUUUUGCUGCCAUGUUUUGAAAGUCCAUCAGAACAGUGCUUCUCCACCCACUUUAGCAAUGUACUAAUUUUAGCUGGAUACAGAAAGUCAAAUUAAGAAACUUUUGUGUGAGAGUGGCAGGCAUACACACAGAUACGUUGUUCCCUUUAAGGGAAAUGUUUUAUCCAGAGAAGAAUCAACUAUUUAUAAAUUUGAUUAUGUGGACACAUAGCUAAUGAGUUCUGUUCUGAGAGGCCAAAAAGUACAUUAAGUCAAAUCAGUUUUUAAAAAAAUAUUUUCUGUGUUUUAUAGAAGAUACCUAUGCAUUUUUAAGUGCAAGGAAUAGAAAGGACUGAGAAAUAUUUUAACUAAAAGAAACCCCCUCUUGAUUUCACAAAAAGUAUGCACUUUGUAACAUUUGAGCAAUAUCCAUUCCAUACCUGUACAGAAAAAUUAAUGUUUGUUUAGGUGUUACAUUUAGCAGUGUUUUACAUACCUUGAAUAAACCAGGGUUUUUUUCGUUAUUCAUUUUCAAAUUUAGUGUUUAGAAUAUCAUCCACAUCCUCCAACGAUGCGGAUUGCUUCUCACAUUCAGUGCUGCCAAUUUGAUUUGGCUAUGUUCUGCUGUCAAGAGUAUAGCUCUUCUGUUUUAAGGCUUUUUAAAGAAGGUAUCUCGGUCAAGCAGGUUUUUUAUUCUUUGUCCUAUCCAAAACUAUGCUAUACAGUGUGUAGGUGGCCAAAUUUUUGUUUCCUUUUUAUCCCAAUGGACUGGAAGUACACUGGAUAUUGUAAAAAUGUUCAGUUGCAUUUCAACACUACAGCCUAUGUUAGAUUGUAGUUUAUUGCAAUUUUCUUUUAACUUUGGAAAAAAGAUUUUUGUUCAGAGAAUUAAACUUGGAUCUUGCCUCUUGACACAAUUUUGAAUGCAAAGUUUUAAAAUAAAAACUUAUUUCUGUA